GGGUGUAUUUUAACCAUUACUCAUCACACUGCUUACUCAUAGUCCUGCCAGACCACUUAAAUAUUGCUUAACUUGCAAUGAACUUUUUCUUGAUGCCUUGAGUGCUUAAUGUUUAGCAGUAUGUCACUGCCCUUGUUAUGAAAAUUGGUCUGUAAAUCACGUUAACCAAAAGUGUUUUAUUAGUAAAGGUUCCUUGUGGUUGUAAAUGUGAAGUGUAGGUGGAACUUGUUUUUUAAAAUCUUAUUCUGCUUUUUUCUGACAAUUAAGUUACUACAUUUUAUCAUGACAAUGGACGACGGCAGUCCAGUGACGUCUGUUAUACUACCAGUUUUAAUCCGCCAUAUUUUAUCCCAACUGGAGAAACGGGAUAUGGCGGCAUCGCAGACUUUAAGGGCUGCCUUUGCAAAGGCUGAAAGCGCUCAUCCCGGACUGAGUUUGGAUUUUGUCCAAGGGCUUUUGAAACAGGCUGAUUUAACUGUUAAUAUGAAUGAGAGUGUUUUGAGGCUUCAAGGAUCUGUUGCUGACACUGAUGAAUAUAAGUUAAAUAGAUCUGAGGAUGCUUUUCAAGAGCUAAAUAGAAAGAGUGCCGCAUUAAAGAAAAUACUUAGCAGGAUACCAGAUGAAAUCUCUGAUCGGAAGAAAUUCUUAGAAACUAUUAAAGAAAUUGCCAGUGCUAUUAAAAAACUCUUGGAUGCAGUUAAUGAGGUGAAUGGUUUUAUUCCAGGGACAACCGGGAAGCAAGCUUUAGAACAAAAGAAAAGGGAAUUUGUCAAAUAUUCUAAGAAAUUCAGUAACACUUUAAAGGAUUAUUUUAAAGAAGGUCAUGCUAAUUCGGUUUUUGUCAGCGCUUUAUUUUUGAUUCAUCAAACUAAUAUGAUAAUUUCUACUGUUAAGAGUAAAUGUGAAUAGAUAUGUGGGUGCAAAAUAUUUCAGGAGUGGUCACAAGCUGUUUAGUUUACAAAAUCUUAUUAUUAUUUUGAUAAUAUGAAUUAUAAUAUAUUAUACCUAAAGUAAUAAUAAGAUAAUUUUAUUCUGAAGGGGAAAAUAGACUGGGAAUAAGGUAAUUACUGAAAAAAAGUAUUUUAGCAUGAAGUAUUACAUUUUUAUGACCAUUCCUAUAAAAGUAUGUACUAAGUAAACAUGUUUUACUAAAUAAGAUUAUUAGCUAUAAUAGCUAGUUGUUCAGUAUAAAUGGAUGUUAAGAUUAUACCCUAUAUUAUUGUAAUAAUCUUUAAUUUAAUAUAUUAUCUGUUUAUUCAAAACUUUAA